AUGACCACGAACGGAGUAAGCAAAAUGACAAAAGAAGAAAAGUAUAGACUAAUAACAAGGAAUCUUCAAGAAGUUUUGGGUGGAGAAGAGAUUAUGAAAAUUCUUGAAGAAAGAGAUUUGAAACUCUAUUGGGGAACAGCGCCAACAGGAAAACCACAUAUUGGCUACUUUGUCCCAUUUUCAAAAAUUGCGGAUUUUUUGUCAGCAGGUGUUGAGGUAACUGUUCUUUUAGCGGACAUCCAUGCUUUCCUUGAUAACAUGAAGGCACCUCUUGAACUUGUAAAGUUUAGAACAAAAUACUAUGAACAACUCAUUAAGGCUGCCUUUAUAUCAAUCGGGGUACCCAUCGAUAAACUUAAAUUUGUUGUCGGGUCGGAUUAUCAAUUAACAAAGGAAUAUAGUUUAGACAAUUUUCGACUGUGCGCUACCGUUACCGAACACGAUGCAAAAAAAGCGGGUGCCGAGGUGGUCAAACAAGUUGAGUCGGCCUUAUUAUCUGGGUUGCUGUAUCCAGGAUUACAAGCGCUGGAUGAGGAAUAUUUGGGGGUGGACGCGCAAUUUGGAGGUGUCGACCAAAGAAAAAUAUUUGUCUACGCUGAAAAGUAUUUACCUCACCUUGGUUUCAAAAAACGAGCUCAUCUUAUGAAUCCUAUGGUUCCCGGUCUAGCAGGAUCGAAGAUGUCAUCAUCUGAUCCUGAUUCCAAGAUUGAUCUUCUUGACGAUGAGGCAACGGUGAAACGUAAAUUAAAGAAAGCUUUCUGUGAAGAAGGAAACGUGACCGAGAAUGGUAUCCUGUCAUUCGUUAAAUAUGUUUUGUUCCCAAUUGGAACCCUCAAUGGUCGAACUCCUAGUUUUGUUAUCAACCGUCCUGAAAAAUUCGGUGGUGAAAUUGUUUACACGGAUUAUCAAUCAUUAGAGGAUGAUUUUCGUGACAAAAAAGUUCAUCCAGGAGAUUUAAAAGCCGCAGUAACUGAAGCCAUUAACAAAUUAUUGGACCCUAUUAGAAAGAAGUGGGCGAGCAAUCCCGAGCUUUUAAAAUUAACUCGUCAGGCUUAUCCAGAACCAACUAGCAAUAAAGCACCCGCAAAAAAGAAAGAAUCAAAAAAACAUAGUUUAAAUGAUAGCAGCAAUAAUAGUAGUAAUAAUUCUUCGGAGAAGCCCGUCGAUGUUUCAAGGAUAGAUGUUCGAGUUGCUAAAAUUAUAGAAGUCAAACACCAUCCGUCCAACCCAAAAUCCUAUGUGUCUACAGUGGACGUGGGAGACGCAUCUGGUAAACCGCGAUCCGUGGUCUCUGGUCUAGCAGCAUAUAUUCCUCGGGAACAACUUCAAGGUCGCUAUGUCCUCGCCGUAUGCAAUUUAAAGCCCGCUAAAUUUCAAGGUGUAGAAUCACAUGCUAUGCUUCUUGCCGCUUCUUCACCGGACAACGAUACGAUUGAAUUGUUGGAUCCACCGGAAGGAUCCGAGAUUGGAGAAGCAGUUACCUGGGAAGGAUACGGCAUUGCUGAAAGGGAUGCCGAAAUAUUGAACCCAAAACAAAAAGUUUUCGAAAAAGUCUCUGAAGAAUUCAAGGUGAAUGAAGAAGGUAUCGCUGUAUUUAUGGGAAUUCCCUUUAGAACUAGUAAAGGCACAGUAACUUUGAAGACUCUGAGAGAAGGUACCAUUCGAUAA